AUGAAUUUACCUUUCCGUCAUUUAUUUCGCACUGUACCAAAAUGUUCGUCGUUUUUCUCACGACGUCAUGUGGCUCAUUUUACAUUUUUCAAAGAUCAACCUGAUCCAUCUCAUGGUCCAACUAAAGAAAUGAAUCUAUGUCAGACGAUUCAAAACGCACUCGAUAUUACCCUUGGCAACGAUCAUACAGCAAUUGUAUUUGGUGAAGACGUAGCAUUUGGUGGUGUUUUUCGAUGUACAACAGAAUUAAGAUCGAAAUAUGGAGCUGAUCGUGUAUUUAAUACACCAUUAUGUGAACAAGGUAUUAUUGGUUUUGGUAUAGGUGUAGCCGUAGCUGGCGCAACAGCUGUAGCUGAAAUACAAUUUGCUGAUUAUAUAUUUCCUGCAUACGAUCAAAUCGUGAAUGAAGCAGCAAAAUAUCGAUAUCGCUCACAAAAUUUAUUUAAUUGUGGUAAACUUACUAUUCGUGCACCAUGGGGUGCUGUUGGACAUGGUGCAUUGUAUCAUUCACAAUCACCUGAAGCUCAAUUUAUGCAUACACCCGGUCUUAAAGUUGUCAUUCCACGUAGUGCGAUUGAAGCUAAAGGUUUACUUAUAUCAUGCAUCAAAGAUGACAAUCCAUGUAUAUUUUUUGAACCAAAGAUACUUUAUCGAUCAGCUAAAGAAGAUGUUCCUAUUAAAGAAUAUACCAUUCCAUUAUCUAAAGCUCAAGUUAUUCAAGAAGGUUCUGAUGUAACACUUCUUUCAUGGGGAACACAAGUUCAUGUUCUUCGAGAAGUAGCACAAAUGGCUGCAAAAGAAAAUAUUUCUUGUGAAUUAAUUGAUUUACGAACAAUUCUACCAUGGGAUGUUGAUACAAUUUGUCAAUCAGUUAGUAAAACUGGAAGAUUAUUAAUAAGUCAUGAAGCACCAAUAACUGGUGGAGUUGGAGCUGAAAUAGCUGCAACUGUAGCUCGAGAAUGUUUCUUAAAUCUUGAAGCACCAAUAGAACGUGUCUGUGGUUAUGAUAUACAUCCUAUACCUCAUGUAUUUGAACCUUUUUAUUUUCCAUCUAAAUGGCGUUGUUUAGAAGCUAUUAAACGAAUGAUGAAUUUUUGA